GCCUUCAAGAAAGAGUGUGGCAGCGGAAUCCAUUGUAUUAACAACAUAGUUUCGAAAACGAAAAAUGAGACAAACACCGACGUUUUAUGCUCUCAGGGGACUCUCAAGUUAUGCUACAAAGGUUUGGGGUUUUGUAUUGUCUCUGAUUGAUCAAUGACAUAAACAUUUUAAAGCCCUCAUGUGCCUUUCUAUCUUGGACCGAGAGAGGAGUAUACAACAUACACACAACAUGGCUUCUACAUCUAACCUAGAUCCUGUUUCUACAACUGGCGAUGAGCGAGUGGACGGGGCGCUAGAUGCAGAGCGCCCAGACACUGGAGCUCAACACGCUGACGCGUCCGCCCACCAGGUCACCCUAGAUAGCUUGUGCGAUCUACCUCCUAGGAUAAUUAGAACUCCUGAAUUUGAGAGUGCCGAUGGCCGAGCGGCAAAAAAGCUGGAUCUUGGUAAAACAGCGGACGACAUUGUGUGCGAGGUACUGCGUGGAGACCUGGACCCUGACAAAGGAGCUCGGUGCAUUGACGCGCUCAUCCGGGCGCUUAGGACAAUGAUAACCUUGAAGGAGCAAAUGGAGCCAGCAGCGAGUAUGCCAGCUGGCGGCCCACCACCGCCACGUCCGGUAGCACCAGAUCCCAUAAAGAUGGAGUAUUUUCUAUACUUUUUCUGGACCCAUACAGUGAUUUCGUACGCUGGUUCGCUGAAUCCUGACGAUGAAGAACAGGCUCGCUUGAUUGAUCUGAUGGACUCGUUGAGUCGACUGGAACCAAUUGAAAUUGAUGUUUGGGGGGCGUCCCAGAAAGCUCUGGAAAGAGUUUCCCUUUCUGGGGCCAUAUAUGCGGGAUGAUUGGAACCCGACACUACCUGAGAUUGAUCCUGAUCCUUUCUCGAAUUGCAGUUGUAAGCGCCUCCAUCUGCCUCAAGAUCCCGAGUGCCCGAGAG